CUCAUCACUGGCGCCUCGUACGGCAUCGGCAACUCGAUCGCGCGUGAGAUGGCCUCGCGCGGCUACGACGUCAUCCUCGUGGCGCGCACCACGUCCAAGCUGACGGAGUGCGCCGAGCAGUGCCGCGCCUUCGGCGUGCAGGCGAAAGUGGUGACGCAGGACCUGGCACUCGAGAAUUCGCCGGAGCAGCUCUGGAAGAAGGCGAGACUGAGAGGCCCCUACCCCCCACUUCCAGCAGCCGCUGCCCCCGAGGCCGCAUCGCAGAUGGGUCUCGACGUCUCGAUUCUCGUAAACAACGCGGGCGCGGGCUUUUACGGCAUCUUUAACGAGGCGCGCCCCGCUUCAAGUGCACCCGCGAGCUACUCUUACAUGAUCAAUCUCAACAUGCGCACCUACGCGGGCAACAUCCACCACUUCGGCCGCCCCAUGAUCGAGAAGGGACGCGGCCACAUCCUCAACAUCGCGUCGAUCGCCUCCUUCGCGCCGGCGCCGUCGGAGGCGAUGUACAACUCGAGCAAGGCUUUCGUUCUCGCGCUCGGCCAGGCC